AUGGCAGAGGAAGGAAGAAAUAGGGACGUCCGCCACCUAGGAGUUGUACUUGUAGCCGUCGGGGAAACCGGAAAGGUCUUUCUCCUCGCUUUCUCCGGAAACACAACAACUUGUCACUACGCGUUCUUUCGCAGCCUCUCAUUCCUGCGAAAGAAUCAGAGACCCAAACUAGGGCUUCGUUUGACUGCAUAGAUGGAGGUCGACAAGAUAAUCGAACGCCUGAUUGAAGUCCGAUCGGCGAAGCCCGGCAAGUUGGUGCAGCUCUCGGAGUCGGAGAUCAAGCAUCUGUGUAUUGCUUCGCACGAUAUCUUUAUCCAACAGCCCAAUCUCCUCGAGCUCCAAGCCCCCAUCAAAAUCUGCGGUGACAUUCAUGGGCAAUAUAGUGAUUUGCUAAGGCUCUUCGAGUAUGGGGGUUUUCCUCCUCUAUCCAAUUAUCUGUUUUUAGGCGACUAUGUAGACCGCGGCAAGCAGAGUUUGGAAACAAUAUGCCUUUUGCUUGCAUAUAAAAUUAAGUAUCCAGAGAACUUUUUUCUGCUUAGGGGAAACCAUGAAUGUGCUUCAAUUAAUCGCAUUUAUGGAUUCUUUGAUGAAUGCAAGCGUCGGUUUAACGUGAAAAUAUGGAAGUCAUUUAUUGAAUGUUUCAAUUGUCUUCCUGUGGCGGCUCUGAUUGAUGACAGAAUAUUGUGCAUGCAUGGUGGCCUUUCCCCCGAUCUUUCAAACUUGGAUCAGAUUAGAAACUUGCCACGCCCAACUGUUGUUCCUGACACUGGUUUAUUAUGUGAUUUACUCUGGUCUGAUCCUAGUAGAGAUGUUAAGGGAUGGGGAAUGAAUGAUAGAGGAGUUUCAUUCACAUUUGGUCCUGACAGGGUGACAGAGUUCUUGACAAAGCAUGAUCUUGAUCUUGUUUGUCGUGCACAUCAGGUUGUGGAGGAUGGUUAUGAAUUCUUUGCUGAGAGGCAGCUUGUAACCAUAUUCUCUGCCCCAAACUACUGUGGUGAAUUUGACAAUGCUGGUGCAAUGAUGAGUGUUGAUGAAAACUUGAUGUGUUCAUUCCAAAUUCUUAAGCCAGCAGAGAAAAAAACUAAGUUCAUGGCGUCCACAAAGAUGUGAUUGAUGGAAGUGCUACCCCCUUGCUUUACUCAGGCAAAAGUGCUAGCAUAAAGUUGUCCCCAAUUUUCUCCCCAAAACAGCAGGAUGGCCGCAUUUCUCUAUGCAGCUGUUUUAAUUCAGUUCAGUUACACGAGAUUCAAAAAUCCAGGCUGGGAUGGAACUCCAUCUGGCUUAACAUGGCCAAAGCAACCCCCUCCCUGGAUUUAUCACCGCUGAUCUAUCUUCCACAUUUUCUAGUAGCAAUUGUAAUCAUGUAAAUAUCUUUCAUAUUGGCCAUGAAAAUGGCACAAAUCUGAAAGACUCGUGAUCUUACAAUUGUUUUGAUCAAUUGACCCAGUUGAUUGAUGAAUGCAGUUGCUCUGAUCCUACAUCUUACACUUAUAUUCUUGAGUUUAUGAGCUCAUCACGUUGGCUUGUUACCUGGUUUGGAAUUGGAAGCGCCCCCCCUCCUUUUGUCUUUGGAUUGGUGCAUUGACAUUAUGCAGAUUAAUUGGUUGCUUUUUUCUUC